GACGCUGUAAAUUGUCUGUCCCCUCUGUCAGUGGCACUAAACAAAACCGAAAGAAAGAAAGAAGAAGAAGAAGAAGAAGAAGAAGAGGAGGAUCAGAAAUACGUCGUCGUUUUGGAUCGAUGGUGAAGGGUCUACAACAAGGGCAAAACCUCCCAGCGGACGUGACUCAGGUCAUCGAACAGCUCGAACGCCAUUGCUUGGCUGCCGAUGGCUCUCUCGUCUCCAAAUCCGCUCACUACGAUCUCCAACUCGCGCGGGAGGAAAUGGCGAGGGAAAGGCUGCGGUACCUGGAAGCCAUGGCGAUAUACAGCGAGGCAAUUGCAAUGACGGAAGAGUACCAGCACGCGGUCUCGGUGGCUAAUCUCGGAGGGAUUCGAGACUUGCAGGGCUCGUAUAUGCAACUCGGAUUGAAGAAUUCCCCUCAGGUGUAUGAGACUUUGGAGCAUCGUAUGGUAGUUGCUGAAGCUGCUCAAAGAUUAAGGCUUCCGCUUAUCUCCAAAGACGGUGAAGUUCGUGAGGACGAAAUCGAGAAAUGCAGUAUAAUGUCGCGAAGUUCCCUCGAUAGUACCGGUACCACUGUUACUGUCAGCUCAAGCUCCAAUUCAAUAAAUUACACAACUGCCAAUAGCACCACCAGUGCUGCAAAUACAAGCCUUUCUGGUGGUGCUGAUACGGAACCUGGAGUGGGUGGUGUUCCUAAUCGCUUUCUUGGAAUUACACCUGCUUAUUUAUCGCAAACUCAACUCCAACAGAACCCCUUGUCAAUGGAUAUGACAGAGUACCAGUUAUGUCUUUCCCGUGAGAUUGAGGCUCGUUUAAAAGCUAAGUGUGACAAGUUGGCUGACGCUUUUAUAAUGGAUGACAUAGACUCAUCAUCCGGACAUCAAAAUUCAAGUGCUCGAAUUCCAGAAAGAGUAAAAUUCAUCAUCGAAGAGAUUGAAAGGGAUGAAGCUGCCUUAAGAGAGGACCUGUACGCUGCAGACAGAAAAUUUGCUGAAUAUUAUAAUGUCUUGGAGCAGAUAUUAGGUGUACUUAUUAAACUAGUGAAAGAUUUGAAGUUGCAACAUCAACAUAAAUAUGAUGAUCUGCAAAAAACAUGGCUCUGCAAAAGGUGCGAGACAAUGAGUGCGAAAUUAAGCGUUCUGGAGCAUGUUCUUCUUCUUGAAACAUACACUCAGGAAUCAAUACCAGCUCUACAUAAAAUAAGGAAGUAUCUUGGUGAGGCUACAGAAGAAGCUUCUAUUGCAUAUAACAAAGCGGUGACACGUCUUCGCGAGUACCAAGGUGUCGAUCCUCACUUCGACAAUAUAGCAAAGCAGUAUCGCGACAUUGUGAAGAAAUUGGAAACCAUGCAAUGGACAAUUCACCAAGUUGAAAUGGAUCUCAAACGCUUACCGGAUCACCCCAACGCAUAGGAUUAGUACGAUUUGGUUUUGAGACGGCUCAAGCGCGAAUUGAUUGACUGUUUCAUCACUAAACUCGAUCAGUUGUCGUGUUUGUGUAUAUCAGAAUGACCAAGGACAGAAUCUCCUGUAUUUUGAUUUUUGUGAUGAAAGAGAGUUUGUUUAACACAUCUUACU